CUUUCCCCCUCGCUACAAAUAAUAUAGAAUUUUUCCAGAUACGACGCAUCACGGCCUAUAAUUGCUUGUCUCAUUAUAAUAAUAUAAUAAUAAUAAUAUAGUGUAUUAUAAUGUCUUCUUGCUUCAAGCUCUACCCCUCAUUGACUGUUGGCUUGAAAGAGGAGUUUGAAAGCCUAAUAAGCCCGGUGAGGAGCAGCUCAGCCGGCGGCGAUCCUCAUCCCUCUCGCACCCUCUCUCCUCCUCCUUUGUCGACCGCCAUUGAUCGAGGGGCAGGACCGAUGGACGCAGUACCCGAUGCCAUUGUUCAACAAAUCCUCUCCCAAAUUAACAACGCUCGAGACAUCGCGUCCAUCCGCUGCAUCUCCAAGCAAUGGAAGGACUGCAUCCCCUUCAUCCCCUCCCUCUUCUUCCCUCGCUCCUCCUUCGAUUCUAUCCCCGUCUCAGAUGCCGCCAUUACCCGAAUGAUCUCUUCGGCUUCCCGUCUCGAGGAGCUCAUCAUCUACUGCCCCUUCUUUGUCUCCAGCCUUCAGUCCUGGCUCUCUCUCCGUAGCCAGACCCUUCGAAUCCUCGAGCUUCGAAUGGACCCGAACAUGGAUUCUGACGAUAAGCCCGAAACCCGAAAUGCUCUUGACUGUAUAGGGCUAGUGAAAGGAUUGGAGGUUCUGAAACUCUGGGGGGUUUCGAUGACGAAGUCGCCGAACUGGGGAGAUUUUAUGAAGCUGCACACUUUGGAGAUUGUUGGUGCAGCGUUGAAUGAUGAUGCUUUGAGUGCUGCUCUCAAAGCUUGUCCUAAUUUGACUGAUUUGGCGUUGUUAGGGUGCGACGGGGUUGAAUCAGUUGUGAUUGAGACAGAGAGCUUGGAGAGGUGCAGGCUGGAUUUUCUUGGGCCGGGGGCUUCGCUCAUUAUUAGGUCACCGAGGAUUAGGGUUCUUGAUGUGCAAGGUUUCAGUUGGAUUCGCGUCGAUAAGAAUCAUCGGUUGGAACGACUGUCAAUUGGAAAAAACUCAGGUAGAGUGUAUAGAGUAGACAUUGGAAGGCUAGCAGUGCUUGAAUAUUUGUGCAUAAGAGGCAUUCAAUGGGCUUGGAAUGCGAUUGAGUCCCUUCUUCGAUGCGCAAGUGAGGUAAAGCACCUCAUUAUGAAGAUUGAGUUUUGUGGGGAUUAUGAUGCCCUUCAACCUUUCCCUGAAAUUGACUUGGUUGAAUUCUUCAAUGGUCACCAAAAGCUGAGAAGUUUUGAAAUCCAUGGGGCAAUGUUUGCUGCACUUUGUCAAAAGAACAGUCUGAAGAAUCUGGACUGGAGGUUUAAUAUCCCUUGCUUGGAAGAGGUUCUUGUUACAGUAAGGUCACCGUUGAAUGCAGAGCAAAAGCUGAACACUCUUGAAUCAUUGGUUAAGUACAGUGAGAAGCUAAGGAAACUGGUUAUUAGAAUUUCCGGGAUGAAGGGUGUUCAUGACGCUGCUGAUGCUUUCUUUGAAGAGAUAUGCAGAUUGCAAAUCAUGAAUCGGAGGAUAGUUUACAUUGAAUAAUGUUGCACAUCUCAGAUAUGGUUUUCUUUUGAAUUUUUUUCGCAUUUCAAUUUACAUGUUGCAUUUAUUAUUGGCUGCAAACUCCAAUUGGUAGAAAGAAGGCUGAUAAAGAUGAGAAAACAGUAUGAUUAAUUUUGGCAUCACCAUUCUUAUUUAACUUAUGAUUUUUUCCUGUCAA